GCCACCAUCCUUUGCGGCGGCGUACGGCGGCUUUUUGUUUGAAGCGGAUAUGGAGUACGUCAACCCUGAAGGUCUCCGGUUAGAUGGUCGCCGCCCCAUGGAGAUGAGGCAGCUUCGUGCAGAAAUAGGCGUAAUUUCAAAAGCUGAUGGCUCGGCUGUUUUUGAAAUGGGGAACACUAAAGUCAUUGCCGCCGUUUAUGGUCCCAGAGAGGUCCAAAAUAGGAGUCAACAACUUAACGAUCAGGCAUUGGUGCGCUGUGAGUAUAGCAUGGCAAAUUUCAGUACCGGAGAUCGCAUGAGGAAACCGAAGGGGGACAGGAGAUCCACAGAGAUAUCGUUAGUCAUUCGUCAGACAAUGGAAGCAUGCAUAUUGACACACCUAAUGCCUCGUUCUCAGAUUGACAUUUUUGUCCAAGUACUCCAAGCAGAUGGAGGAACAAGAUCGGCAUGCAUAAAUGCAGCAACGUUGGCUCUUGCCGAUGCUGGUAUUCCAAUGCGUGAUCUUGUAACCUCAUGCAGUUCUGGAUUUCUUAAUGGGACCCCUCUGCUUGACUUGAAUUAUUUGGAAGAUAGUGCUGGUGGAGCGGAUGUUACUGUUGGAAUUCUGCCGAAGCUGGAUAAAGUUACCCUCCUUCAGAUGGACGCUAAAUUACAAAUGGAUACUUUUGAAAACGUCAUGCAGCUAGCAAUUGAAGGCUGCAAAGCAGUGGCAAGUUACAUUCGAGAGAUACUAUUGGAGAACACGAAGCAGUUGGAGUCUCGCAGGGGUAUAUGAUUUGCUAUCUUGGUAGAGGAGUUCUUUUUUUAAAAUACAAGUUCGAAUACAGCUCUUGAAAAACGAUAUGAUCAUCCUUUCUUUCCAUGAUUGAUACACUAUUUGUGCCAAUUUUGGUUUCGACUUAAAAUUUUAAAUUGUGAUUUGUUGUAUGUAUGUCAGAAAAUUGAGCUUUGAAAUUUAGUUAUUACAAGGAAUUUAGUUAUUACUCUCA